AUGGACCUCCAAGCUGUAAAUUGGGAGCAUCAUGGGCCCGGAUCAUGGCUGUCUAUUUGUUCAACCCCAGGCGUACAAUGGGUUUCUGCUAAAGCGUGCACCACUCGAUUCCAUGAAAUUGCCCAGGGACUGGUCAUGGGUUGGACCAAAAGAUUGACGCUUACCUCAGACACAAUUCGUGAACGAUGCCCAGAGCCAGGAAUUGAAAAUGCUUGGAAAUACGUUUCAGCUUAUUUUGAGAACUCGCGAGAUAGUGUUUUCGGUGUUGUUCUCCGCUCCAGUUUCGAGAGUCGACUUCGUAUCCAUUUCCAGAAUGCCAGUAGACCCGACGAGGACGUUGCUUGGUAUGCUUUGCGGAAUGCUGUGUAUGCAAUAGGGCGUCGAGUCGCGGCAUCAAUGGAUGGAACUAUGGACUUCGCAGAAAUUCAGGCGGAGUCCUUGCGAUUAUUUCAUAAUGCCUUUUCCGUUUUUGCGGAGCUUCUAUUUCGGCCCAGCGGUUUAAUGGCCGUGCAGGCACUGGUUGUGAUGACUUCCUUCGCCGAGCUUUUAGGAAGCCCAGCUGUCGAAUACAUGCUUUAUCUGCGCAAAGAUAAGCAAACAGCUUUUAUCAGCCCGGGCAUUUAA